GAGUAUUACGGUAACUUCCGGCAAAGACAUGGAAGACAAAGUAGAUCCGAUAAAUGAGUUAGAAAAGGCGUUCCAGGAUUGUAUCACUAUUAUGACUGGUCAAGAAUACUUUACUGCUAAUGAAACUGAUGAGACAAAAACAAGUGUAGAAAACACAGUCCAAAAAUUUUUGGAUGCAGCUCGACAAACAGAGGCAUUCUUCUUGAGUAAACGACUGAUACUGUCAGCACAGAAACCAGAACAGCUUUUAAAAGAGGAUAUCCAGGAGUUGCAGCUUGAAUUGGAAAGGAAAGAAAAACUGAUCCAGAAGCAUCAUGAACAUCUGCAGUUGUGGAUUAACCUUUUGCAUCGCCCAAAUCCUCCCCCAGCACCUCCAGCAUCUUCAGCAACAAUUCUCUCCUCACAGUCCCACCCAGUUCCUCCUCAAGUACAGGGUUUUCCUGGCCCACCUCAGCAGCCAAUGCCAGGCAUGCUACACCAAGGACUUCCCCAGCCUGGACAGUACCCAGGUCCUCCACUGUCAGGGGCACAAGGCUACACCAUGCCACCACCACAGCAGCCACCACCGUCCUAUUCACAGAGUCAUCCUCUGCAGUACCUUGAACAGGUGUCUAAUAUUGUCAUGCAAGAUAGACGCUAGCCUGAACAUUUAGUGGAUAUUGAUUUUGUUCUUGUUCAGAUGUUCUUGAAGAUGUUGGAAAGUGGUGCAUUGAAGGGUGUUGCCAAUUCUGUUUUUGGAGGUGAUCCAGUUAUGUCUACAUUCCAUCAUGAAAUGGCUACAUACUUUUCUGGGUUAAAAUAUUUAUUUCUCUUGUUCAUCUUCCACUGGUGGGGAGACCAUCCAAUUACACUUAUUUCUUUAAUCCACAACUUGAGGGAUGGAGUUUUAUUUUUGUUUUUGCUUUUGUUCGAUAGGUAUUGCAGCCAUCUCCGAGUCUCAAUGUGCCUUAGUUUUCAUGACAGGAACUUGUCCUAAAAUGUGCUAUGGAUGUGUAAUUCUUGAGAUCUUUUUAUAACUGGUUAGAUCAUUUGGUCUAUUUCAAGAUAGUGCCUAAAUAAUAGAUGUUAAAUGAAUUAUUAACUUGCACUCUUGAAAAUUUUUCUUUAAAUUUAAAUUUCACUGCUGGCAGAUAGAUAUAAUUGUGAAUUUAUCCUCUAUGUUGGGACCUCGCUAUCAGCAUUGGAGCUUCUCACUUGGGUUAUGAAUGUACUCUUAGAGGGUUGCAAACUUUCAAGGCUAGUGCCCUACCACAAAAGGGCUCUUGCUCAUCCUGCUAGAACAAUAAUUGUGCAUAAUCUCAUGCAGAAAUGCACAAGAAUACUGAAAUAAGGAGAGUUAGUUGCUGAGUCCUUUGAAAAAGUUGAGAAAAACAGUUUAAAUAUAGAGAAGCUACAAAUCUAGAGUAAUAUAUAAAAACUGAUUUUAUUUUACCCUUGAAAAAAAAAAUGUUGUCAUCCAGACAGCAUGCCUUGCAUGUGGAUGAAACGAAGAAAACUCCAGCACUUUGAGAUAAUGGCGAUGUUGAAGAAUCCUUACUUCCUAAAUGUUUUAAAGCAGUCAUCACAUGUACUCUGCUGAAAUAUGUCCCACAGUUUCCCAUAAAAUCUAAAUUAUGGUUGGAGAGACCAUAUUCAAAAAACAGAUUAGUUUCAGCUUUGUUGCUGGAUAAAAUUUAUGCUGGCUAUCACCAAGCAAAAUUUAGUCCAGUUUCAGGUCACUGUUUGAAAACAAGGUAUUUAGAAAUAAACGGAAAAUAAUUUAUAGUUUACAACAGAAUCAUGAAUUUUAUGAUAAAUCUUGGCAUUGUAAUGAAAUUUUUAAGGGUAAAAAUAGUAUAAUGGAUUGUGCUUUUUUUUUAAAAAGAUAAGAUGCCACAAGUCUGACACAAGGCUAAGAAUUUUUUCCAAGGGAUAACUGUCUAAUAUUGAUAUUUUGUUGCUUUUUUGAAGCUCACAGUUGAUUAUAUUAUUGUUAUUGGUAUAAAUAUAAAUAUUUAUUUAUUUAAGUAAUUCAUAUACAUUUCUGUUAUGUCACAGGGUUUCCUCUAAACCAGUUUUAGAUCUGAUAAGCGGGCCCUUCCUAUUGGAGAUCGGACUUUUCCCAAGUCCCAUAUUGGACCUUUCAUAGGAAAAAAAAAAAGUUUGAUCCACUGUAAUCAGUGUUUGUCCAAAUGCUCAGAGUGAUUAAAUAAAACUAAAUUUAUACAAA